AGUUCGUCUCGCGUCGCCUGUCGUCCUACUCGUACGUACAGUAUUAGUAUACUCUGCCAUGGUACCUUAACAUUGAAAUCACCUUCUUCUUGUUUCCACCAUCCACCCACACCCACACCCACAGCCAGGGGCAUGGCCGUCCUGUUCGUGGCCAUCGUCGCCCUACUUCUCGCGCCUCCACAAGCCGCUGGUUACCCGUGGCCAGUCUGCGGCAGCACCGCCAGCUUCACGGCCAAUGACACGACGUACCUGGCGAGCAUCAACACCAUCGCCGCCACGCUCACCAGGAACGCUUCCACGUCCCCGGGCCUCUACGCCACAGCGCAGGCCGGCCAGGUCUGGGUCCUCGCGCUCUGCCGCGGCGACGCCAACGCCACCUCCUGCUCUGGCUGCCUCGACCAAGGGUUCCAGGACCUGCCCAGCGCGUGCGCCUACAGCAAGGAGGCCACCAUGUACUACGACACCUGCUUCCUCCACUACUCCAACCUCCCCCUCAACGCCUCCGACGACACCGCCCUGAGCUCGGCGUUCCACUUCGUCUACAGCGCUACCGCCACGGCGGAGCCGGCCCGGUUUGACCGCGUCGUGGUGGCGCUCCUGAACGCCACCGCGGACUACGCAGCGUACAACUCCUCAGUGGCGCGGCUGUAUGCGUCCGGGGUGGUCUCCUUCGACCGGGAGAUACCCCAGGUGUACAGCUGGGCGCAGUGCACCCCGGACCUCACGCCUGCACGGUGCCGGGGUUGCCUCGCCAACAUGAUCCGGGCGUUGGGGACGCCUCUGUACAGCGUUGGGGCGAGGAUUCUUGGGAUCAGGUGCAGCUUCCGGUACGAGAACAGGCCCUUCCUUGAUGGCCCGCUCAUGGUACGCCUAUCGGCCGGUUCUGGAGCUCCGCCGCCGGGGCAGUCGCCGGCGUUAGCCCCGGCGCCCGGUGCUGUGACACCACUGGCGGCGCUCCGAGGAGGGAGAAAGUACAGCGUUCCUGGCAUGGUUCUUAUAAUUGUGCUGCCUACUCUAGCAGCGGCAAACCUUGUCGCUGGCUUCUUUAUCUGGAGGAGGAGGAACCGGUCACCAGCACGAGCGAAGAAGCAUCCAUAUCCCUGUUACUCCACUGAAGCCAACGACGCUGAGAGUGUAGACUCGAUGUUGAUGGAUAUUUCAACUCUCCGAGCCGCGACCAGGGACUUUGCAGAAAGCAACAAGCUUGGCGAAGGCGGGUUUGGCACGGUGUACAAGGAAACUGAGCAGCAGAACUUAUGUUUGUCCAAUUUGGUGCACCUGCAGGGUACACUGCCAGACGGUGAGGAGAUAGCAGUGAAGAGACUGUCCAAGAGCUCGACGCAAGGAGUGGAGGAGCUGAAGAAUGAGUUAGCCCUCGUCGCGAAGCUCAAGCACAAGAAUCUUGUUAGGCUUGUCGGCGUCUGCAUGGAGCAACAGGAGCGGCUGCUCGUCUACGAGUUCAUUCCCAACCGGAGCCUCGACCAGAUCCUGUUCGACAUUGAGAAACGACAGCAGCUCGACUGGGGAAAGAGGCAAGGGAUCAUACGCGGGAUCGCUCGAGGCUUGCAGUACCUCCAUGAAGACUCCCAACUCAAAGUAGUCCAUCGUGAUCUCAAAGCUAGCAACGUCCUUCUUGACGCGGAUAUGAACCCCAAGAUCUCGGACUUUGGCCUCGCCAAGCUCUUCGGGCGAGGCCAAACGCAGGGCGUCACCAACCGUGUCAUUGGCACAUACGGAUACAUGGCGCCCGAGUAUGUGAUGCAUGGCAACUACUCAGUGAAAUCGGACGUGUUCAGCUUCGGGGUCAUGGUUCUGGAGAUCGUGAUGGGGAGGAAGAACAACGACACCACGCAUUUUGAAGUUCUCUUGACCACGAUCUGGGAGCAUUGGACGGCCGGAACGGUGUUGGAGAGCGUAGACCCGUGCAUCAACAAUAGCUUCUCGAAGAUGGACCUGAUGAGGUGCAUCCAAGUUGGGCUCCUGUGCGUCCAAGAGAACCCGGUCGACCGCCCAGUGAUGUCGGCGGUGUGCAUGAUGCUUGGAAGCCACACAGUGUCUCUCGGUGCCCCAUCAAAGCCGUAUUGUGGAAAUGGGUUUGGUAUGUCGGCCGUUCCAAUGAACGAGGGUCAUGAAUUUCGGUCAAUUUAGUGAGUUAAAAUAUAUUGUUGACAUUUCUUCAGAAGUUUGAUCUUUUGGUACACUAGUUAUAGUGGUUCAUCGAUCUUAGAAAGGAGCACAAUAUUCAAUAACAACCGGUGUACAUUCUCUUUUAGUCUACAUCUUGGGACAGAAAUUUAUUUCAAUUUGAUCUACAUUCUACAUUACUAAACACAUUUUCCACUGUAAUCUUAUCAGUAAUUAAAA